CCAAGUCAUAAGCCACACACACAGCAACCUGACAACUAGUGCCAACCAAACCAAGAACUUCUCAGAUCAGUUUCCUUGCAUUGUUUGCCUGCCAUGGCGGAGACCAAUGCUGCACCUGCACCAGCGGCGGCGGUGGCGACGGAGGAAUGCGGUAUGAGGAAGACGGUGGUGGUGGUCGGCGUGGACGACAGCGACCACAGCUACAGCGCGCUCGAGUGGGCCGUCCGGCACGUGGCGGCGGCCGCGGGAGCCGAGCUCGUCGUCGUCCACGGCAAGCCGUCCGCCUCCUCCGUCGUCACCUUCGGCAGCCCCGCAGGUGCCGGGGACGUGGUGAGGUUCGUGGAGGCGGACCUGCGCAAGAGGGCAGAGGACGUCGUCGACAGGGCGCGCCGCCUCUGCAUCGCCAACUCGGUGCACGGCCUGAUAGAGGUGAUCGAAGGUGAGCCGAGGUACGUCCUCUGCAACGCCGUCGACAAGCACGGAGCAGAUCUGCUUGUCGUCGGCAGCCAUGGCUACGGCGCUAUCAAGAGGGCUUUUCUUGGGAGCGUGAGCGACUACUGCACCCACCACGCGCAUUGUUCCGUCAUGAUAGUGAAGCAGAAUAAGCCCAAGAAAUGAUGAUUGCCACUUCCGUUGUCAAAUCGUGUCAUUGUGUGCUGAGCUCAAUGUAUCCAUGAGCAAUUAUAGGUGUUCAGCCCUCUUUGGAACACAGUUAUGAGCAACUUAUGUCAAACAGAUGUACAGACAUUAUCGUAAAUUUGCAUUUUCAGCAUUACACAAUAAAAAGUUUCCAAAUGUAUUCCAGUACGACC